AUGAUGCUUACUGCUGUUGGAAGGGAUCCUAAUAACCAGAUUUUUCCAAUAGCAUGGGCCGUGGUAGACUGUGAGAACAAUCCCAAUUGGGAAUGGUUUGUGAAGAAGAUUAAAGCAGACUUGGAGUUGGGGCUGGGUGAGAACAUCACUCUCAUAUCGGAUAUGCACAAAGGGUUAAUUCACGGAGUUGCUACUGAAUUACCAAUGGCAGAGCAUCGAGCUUGUGCUAGACACAUCUACUCUACCUUGAAGAAAUCAAACAAGGCAGAUAUGUUGAAGCCACUGUUCUGGAGAGUUGCAAGCAGCUUCAAUGAAGCUGAUUACAAGGAGAAUUUGGCGAUUUUCAAAGAGUUUGAUCCUCAAUCUUGCCAAACUCUACUUAGGAAGGAUCCAAGUACAUGGUGCAGAGCAUUCUUUCGGGUUGGUUGUUGUUGUGCGGAUACUCACAACAAUCAUACCGAGUCAUAUAAUAGGACACUGAAAAUUGCAAGGAGGAAGCCAUUUGUCCAGAUGCUAGAGCUGAUAAGGAGGGAUGCUAUGCAAAGGGUUGCCACCAGGUCCACUAUUGCUGCAAAAGAAACUGCAAAGUACACAAAAAAAGCAAGAAAAGAGCUGGAGAAAUCAUGUGAUGAAGCUCAAUAUUGUGCCAUGAUUACAAGCAAAGGAGGCGAGUUUGAGAUUGUUGAGUUUGGCACCGGAUACUUUGUGAAUCUGAGUGCGCGUACUUGUGCAUGCAGGAAGUGGGAUUUGACUGGUAUCCCAUGUCGUCAUGCUGUAUGUGCGAUCAGAGAGAUGAAUUACGAGGUAGAAGACUAUAUGUCAGACUAUUACUUGACUGAGAAAUGGCAAGGGACAUAUAGGAGAGGAUUGAGGCCUGUCAAUGGUCCUAAGUUCUGGAAGGACUCUGGAAGACCACGGAUUGCUGCACCGCCUUACAAGCGUCCUGCAGGGAGACCUAAGGGCAAGGCAAGGAUCAAAGGUCUUAAUGAAUCACCACGCAAAAAGAAAUCUGACAAGAAAGUUGGUCGGGAAGGAAGAGUUAUGCACUGUGGUCUCUGUGGUGAAGCGGGUCAUAAUUCAAGACGGUGUCCACAUGAAUCUUCUGAGAGCAGGGCAAAGAGAAUAAGAUUAAAUGGAGAACCGGGUCAAUUGGAAGCUCAAGAUCAAUCUGAAAUGGAAGCAGCAUUUGCCGCAAUGGAAGCACCUGGACCUGAAGAACCUGAAGCUGGACAUCGAGCUGAAGAACCUGAAGUGCAAGAUGUUUCUUCAUCCGCACCACAGAGAAGCUGGGUCGAGAGGAUGCUAUUUGGAUGA